CGCGCCGAGCGGAGACGCGCAGUGUCCCUGUGCGUUCAGAGGAGGAAUCAGCUGCCGGCCGGAGAGGAGCGACGAGGAGGAGCGGAGGAAGAGACAGCAGAGCUACAAGACAAGCGACCAUUCCUUCACUGCCUGUCCUUUCACUGCUACGGCCACCUGCAGAAAACGGUCCUUUACUGCAGAUCUUUUUUUUUUCUCCGUAAGAUCGAAGGUCCCCAAUAUGAGUCGGAUCUAACACCUCUGGAGAGAAAGCGGAAUAGCAGACUCCCCUGGUGGAUGUGGACACCUAAACUGUGGACAUGGAAAAGAUACUGAAUUUAUCCGUUUCAGUUCUCCUGGUUUUAUGGGGAUGCGCUCUUGGAGGCUCACCCAGUGUGCAGAUUGGGGGACUUUUUCCAAGGGGCGCAGAUCAAGAGUACAGCGCAUUUCGGAUAGGAAUGGUUCAGUUUGGCACCUCGGAAUUCAGACUGACGCCUCACAUUGACAAUCUGGAAGUGGCGAACAGCUUUGCUGUUACCAAUUGCUUCUGUUCGCAGUUCUCGAGAGGAGUGUACGCCAUUUUCGGAUUCUACGACAAGAAGUCUGUAAACACCAUCACAUCGUUUUGUGGGACGCUGCAUGUCUCCUUCAUAACGCCCAGCUUCCCUCUGGAUGGAAAUCAGCAGUUCAUUAUCCAGAUGCGACCUGAUAUUAAGGGACCCCUGCUCAGCCUCAUUGAGUACUACAAGUGGGACAAGUUUGCCUAUCUGUACGACAGCGACCGAGGCCUAACAACGCUGCAGGUUGUUCUGGAUACAGCAGCGGAAAAGAAGUGGCAGGUGACAGCCAUCAACGUGGGGAACCUGAAGGAUGAGAGGAAGGACGAGGCCUACCGUUCACUCUUUCAAGAUCUGGAGAACAAGAAGGAGAGGAGGGUGAUCCUGGACUGUGAACAGGACAAAGUGAAAGACAUCAUGGAGCAGGUCAUCACGAUUGGCAGACAUGUUAAAGGCUACCACUACAUUAUAGCCAAUCUGGGCUUCAUUGAUGGGGACCUGUCCAAAAUUCAGUAUGGAGGAGCCAACGUUUCAGGCUUUCAGAUUGUUGAUUUUGAUGAUCCUUUGGUAUCUAAAUUUGACCAGCGAUGGGAGGCCCUGGAAGAAAAGGAAUAUCCAGGCGCUGACAGCAAAAUAAGGUACACAUCAGCGCUGACCUACGACGCUGUACAGGUGAUGACCGAAGCCUUCAGGUACCUGCACAAACAGCGAAUUGACUUCACCAGGAGGGCCAACAAUGGCGACUGCCUGGCCAACCCCGCCGUGCCGUGGGCUCAGGGGGUGGAGAUCGAGCGGGCACUGAAACAGGUGCGAGUGGAAGGCUUGACGGGAAACAUCCAGUUUGAUCAACAUGGCAAGCGAGUCAAUUACUCAGUAAAUAUAAUGGAACUAAAGAGUAACGGACCUGUCAAGAUUGGCUACUGGAAUGAAGUAGACAAAAUGGCUGUUACCAAAUCGGAUGUCUUUUCAAACGACACAACAGGAAUGGAAAACAAAACAGUUAUCGUCACCACUAUCUUGGAAGCACCGUAUGUAAUGCUGAAAAAGAACGCCGACCUUUUUGUUGACAACGAACGCUACGAGGGUUACUGCGUAGAUCUGGCUGCAGAGAUAGCAAAGCACUGUGGCUUCAAAUAUCAGCUGAAAAUAGUCGGGGAUGGCAAGUAUGGAGCCAGAGAUGCAGAGACCAAAAUCUGGAAUGGGAUGGUUGGAGAGUUAGUGUACGGGAAAGCCGACAUCGCAGUGGCUCCGUUGACGAUCACACUGGUGCGAGAAGAGGUGAUCGACUUCUCCAAACCCUUCAUGUCUCUGGGAAUCUCCAUCAUGAUCAAGAAGCCUCAGAAAUCCAAGCCUGGAGUCUUCUCCUUCCUGGAUCCGCUGGCUUACGAGAUCUGGAUGUGCAUUGUUUUCGCCUACAUCGGCGUCAGCGUUGUGCUGUUCCUCGUCAGCCGCUUCAGCCCUUAUGAAUGGCACACUGAGGAAUAUGAGGAUGGCCAGAUCCAGACCAAUGAGUCGACUAACGAGUUUGGCAUAUUCAACAGCCUGUGGUUCUCCCUCGGAGCCUUCAUGCGACAGGGCUGUGACAUCUCACCUAGAUCUCUGUCUGGGCGGAUUGUUGGUGGCGUGUGGUGGUUCUUCACUCUAAUCAUCAUCUCCUCCUACACGGCUAACCUGGCUGCCUUCCUGACUGUCGAGAGAAUGGUGUCCCCCAUUGAAAGUGCAGAGGACCUGGCUAAGCAGACUGAGAUAGCUUAUGGGACUCUGGACUCUGGCUCCACUAAAGAGUUUUUUAGGCGCUCAAAGAUUGCCCUCUUUGACAAAAUGUGGCAAUACAUGCGCAGUGCGGAGCCCUCUGUGUUUGUGAAAACCACAGCCGAGGGGGUUCUGAGAGUUCGAAAGUCCAAGGGGAAGUAUGCCUACCUGCUGGAGUCCACCAUGAACGAGUACAUCGAGCAGCGAAAGCCCUGCGACACCAUGAAGGUGGGAGGCAACCUGGAUUCGAAAGGCUACGGGAUCGCCACGCCGAAAGGAUCCUCAUUAAGAAAUGCGGUUAACCUCGCAGUACUAAAACUGAAUGAGCAAGGCCUGUUGGACAAAUUGAAAAACAAAUGGUGGUACGACAAAGGAGAGUGCGGCAGCGGGGGAGGUGAUUCCAAGGAGAAGACGAGCGCCCUCAGCCUGAGCAACGUGGCUGGGGUCUUCUACAUUCUGGUCGGAGGACUCGGUUUGGCCAUGCUGGUGGCCUUGAUUGAGUUCUGUUACAAGUCCCGAGCCGAGGCGAAACGAAUGAAGGUGGCAAAGAAUGCACAGAAUAUUAACCCAACUUCCUCGCAGAAUUCACAGAAUUUUGCAACUUAUAAGGAAGGUUACAACGUAUAUGGGAUCGAAAGUGUAAAAAUUUAGGGGGGAGUACUGGGGAGAAUGGUCGGGUGAUGACUCCAGAGUUUCCUAAAGCUGUCCACGCUGUCCCGUACGUGAGACCUGACAUGGGACUAAACGUCAGCCUGACAGAUCUGUCCUGAUCAACGAGAAACUUCUGAGUGCCUUACAAUGGUUUCAAUAGAGCGAUUUUUUUGUUUUUUUGUUGUUGUCCUUCCCACCCUGCUCCUGUUCUGGCGCUUUUCUUUUUGUCUGUGUGGUGAAAAAGGAAAGGUAGGAGAUGGAGGCUUCAUUUUGUCUAUCACAAAGACUUGUAUUGUUGCUCUCUGUCUCUAUUUCUCACCAUAUAAAAUGCCUCCCAUUCUGGAAGGAAUUCCAUUUUGGAAUAUAAAAGGGUGGCUCUGUUUUUUUUUCUUUUUCUAAAAUGGUGACACCAUGCUUUCCUAUCUAUCUGUCAGAACUGGACUGAGAUGGAAGCGAGGGCUUGAUUGACGGCAACAGCUGCUUCUUGUAGUCGGAGAUUCAGUCAUCUCAACUGUGUGUGUGUGAGGAGUGUGAGGGGAAGAUGUUGUCAAAAACACACCGUUUCCGUAGCCACCACCACCGCCAAACAGGAUUUUCAAGCACACUUGAUAUCAUCUGCAUUAAGAUGUGAAAUUGUCUUUUUUUUCUAAGAAAAUCUGCAAAAAAAAACUGUUUAUUGAAAAAAAAAUAUUUUUAUGUAUUUUCACGAAAUAGCUUUUAAAUAAACUUGCUUACAUACUGGUUGGAUAUAAACAUCUUAAUGUGUGAAUAUAAAGAAAGAAAAAAUACUAAACAGCUUCUAGUUCCAUAUUUUUAAAGCCAAAUACAUUGCAUAUGGGGGUGAGAUGUUGAAAUCAUGUAAUUAAUUCCUAUUCUAAACUUUCCUGUAUAUUUUAUUCUUUAACAUUUGGUGUUGAUAUGGAAUAUAUGUCAAUGCUUGACAUUUGGAAUCAAUCCUUCUAUGUUUUUCUUGUUAGAGUCGGUGCAGCAAUUUUGCUUUACACUUUUGUCUCUUCGUUUGCUUCAGUGCUUUUGCUGUUUGUAUUUUUUCUGAUGAGGACCAGGGUCGUCGUUCUACUUUUCAAGAGGAAAUUAAUCUGUUUACAUGCCAUGAAUGGAAAACAAUAAACAAAAAAAUAGUAUGGUAUGGUAUUACUGCAUCACAUCUUGAAGUGACAUCAAAAAGAGGCAUCCACAUCCACAUGGUUUACGUGAUGGUUUCAAAUGCCAAAUAAGUAAGAGUGCCAAAUUCUAGUGCCAGUAGAUAUAAAUAUAGUCUUAAUAUACUCACUCACUGUCAUCUCAGUGAAUGUAAAUGAUUCUGAUACAUUCUGUAACUUUUGUAACUAGAUGUACAGUUGGUGGCAAUGACAGUGCUAAUACAAUAGCCUUUUCGCUUUGUUUUCCAGUCUCCAUGUAUUUUGCAUUGAUCUGACAAUGAAGUAGCACCAGUUGCAUGUUGUUGCCGCAAAUACUACAUAAGUUUAUUUCAUUACUGCCAAACAUUCAUUUUCAUUUUAUUGUUGAAGUUGUGAGGUUAACUGUUUGAAAUUGGAAAUACAAUGUAAGACAUAUAUACAAUAUAUACAUAUAAACAUAUAUUUUAUAUAAAAAGUGAAAACAUGAAAAAUGAUAUCCCCUUGUCAGAACUACUUUGCUUCCAUUAAAUACUGCAUUUGAUUACUUCUUCUGAAACAUUUUUUUUUUAGUUAUGCAGUCACACAGUACAAUACUUACAGAAAUUACACAGACAAGCACUUCUAAUUGUACUUCAUGUUUUAUUUUGUCUUUUUUUUCCCCCUUUGAAAUCAACCUACGAAGAGCCCUCCACUGCAUCCAGCAGGGAGAUAAACUAUACUAUUAUCACUGUUGUUUUUUGUAAUCAACUAUAGAAACAUAUACCGUAGUUGCUAAUCAAUUUCAUUGCAUAUUCAGACUAUUCCACUGACAUUUUGGAUAUGGAAUGUGUGCUAACUUGUUUAUUUUUUGGGACUCUUUCUAAAUAAAAGUGGCUGAUCUCUUGUUA